CUCGGGGUCUCACACUGCACCAUUGAGCUGCGGCCCACCUCUGUCCACCGCUGCGGCCGCCGGGAGAGAGUGUCGCCGCUGCUGUCGCGCAGGCCUCCGCUGACCCUGCUACCUACGCGCGAUCGCCGCUGCCCAGAUCCACCGGCCCUGCGCUACUGCUGCCCUGGUCGCACCACCUCCUCAUCCUGAGCCUCCGCCACCCGAGCAUCCGUGAGUCAUUUUCUGCCCUCCUCUGGGCGCGCGGUCUCAGCGGUAGUUGCCACCGUAAGAGGUUUGCAGGCUUGCAAAAUGGCAGAAGCGGAUCUUAGCAUGGUCUCGGAACCUGCCGCCCAGGGGGGUGUUGAAGAGAUGCUGGCUAGCUCGGCUAGUGAUUCCGGAGAAGAGUCUGACAGCAGCAGCGCUAGCAGCAGCACCGGGUGCAGCAGCAGCCGCAGCAGCAGCAGCAGCAGCAGCAGCAGCAGCAGCAGCGGCAGCAGCAGCGGCAGCAGCAGCCGCAGCCGCUUGUAUAGAAAGAAGAGGAUACCUGAGCCUUUUCGGAGGGCGCGGCGGGCUCCGUCGGGUAAGAAUUUCCUGGAUCGGCUGCCCCAGGCCGUUCGAAAUCGGGUGCAGGCUCUCAGAAAUAUUCAAGAUGAAUGUGACAAGGUAGAUGCCCUAUUCUUAAAGGCAAUUCACGGCCUGGAAAGAAAAUACGCCGAACUCAAUAGGCCUCUAUACGAUCGGCGAUUUCAAAUCAUAAACGCAGAAUAUGAACCCACAGAGGAAGAAUGUGAAUGGAAUUCCGAGGAUGAGGUGUUCAGCAGUGAUGAGGAGGUGCAGGAAGGCAGCCCUAGUGAAAUGCCUGCCUUAGAAGGCGAGGAAGAAGAUGCUUCUGAAGAAAAACCCCAGGCAAAGACUGAAGAGACUGAGGUUCCUAAAGAAAUCCCGGAGGCAAAGGCUGAAGAAAGAGCCACGUCGAUAGAUCUUCUGGAGAUAAAGCCUGAAGUAAAAGAAGAGCCUAAAGAAGUCCCCCAGGCAAAGGCAGAAGAUAAAGAGCAGCCUAAAGCAGCAGAUACUAAGGCUGCAGGAAAAGACACUCCUAAAAGAGUUCCUGAGGUCAGGCCUAAAGAAAGAGUGAAUCUGAAAAGAGCUCGCAAGGGAAAACCUAAGAAAGAAGAUCCUAAAGGCAUCCCUGACUAUUGGCUGAAUGUUUUAAAGAAUGUUGACAAGCUCGGCCCCUUGAUUCAGAAGUAUGAUGAGCCCAUUCUGAAGUUCCUGUCAGAUGUGAGCCUGAAGUUCUCAAAACCUGGCCGGCCUAUAAGUUACACAUUUGAUUUUUAUUUUCAGCCCAAUCCAUACUUCACAAAUGAGGUGCUGACCAAGACAUAUAUAAUCAAGUCAAAGCCAGAUCACAUAGAUCCCUUCUUCUCUUGGGGAUGGGAAAUCCACGAUUGCAAAGGCUGUACGAUAGAUUGGAGAAGAGGAAGGAAUGUUACAGUGACAAUCACCCAGAGUCGCACAACUGCCACUGGAGAAAUUGAAAUUGAGCCAAGAGUGGUUCCUAAUGCAUCGUUCUUCAAUUUCUUUAGCCCUCCUGAGAUUCCUAAGAUUGGAAAGCUGGAGCCACGAGAAGAUGCUAUCCUUGAUGAGGACUUUGAAAUCGGUCAAAUUUUACAUGAUAACGUCAUCCUGAAAUCAGUCUAUUACUAUACAGGAGAAGUCAGGGGUGCCUAUAAAAAUGGUAAAGAUUAUGGAAAAAGGAAAUACCGAAAAUAAAGAGGCUGCUGGAAAGAAUUUUCAAGAUCUCCAAAGUUCAGGAAGAAGUGAAGCAGGUUCAUAUAGCCUUGAAAUAAAGCCUGCUCAAUAACCUUGUUACUAGUAUUCUUUACAGUCUUGUAUUUCUGUAUUUUCUUGGUAGUCUAAAAAAGUGUCUCAAAGUGUCUAAGUAUCAGUUUACUCUAUACACCCUGUUGCAGUGUGAUAUUCUUCAAAACCUGUAAACUGCUGUCAGUUAUUUAAAGCAUGUUAAUUGGGUGCUCCAGAGUUUUGACUUUUGUGAAGUCCUUUUGUCAUGUUCCUAUUAGAAUGUGUCUGUGAAAACUGUCAGUAUUGUUAACUGAGACAAAUAAUGUGCUUGAAAAAAACAAAGUUCCUGAAGUACCAAUGCAAGUGUUUUUCUUUCCCAGCCCAGGAGACUAAGGGUUUAAAUUUGCUUGUCCUAGCUGUGCCUUCAUUAUUUUACUAGAGAAAUGCAGUAUUUAUAUUAACUAGAACAGUGUAUUGUGAAAUGUGACUGCCUGUGAAAAGAUUAGCGUACAUUUAAGAAUGUCCAUCCAGACCAUCUAUGAUAUGACUAUGAUUUUAUUUAUGUGCCAGUGGCCUAUACAUUUAGUCAUAAUGGAGUGAUUGUUUACCAGUGAGGUGUUAAUAUGACAUAGUAUUUUUAAAAGUUUCCUCACCUUAUGCUGUGUUAUUGUAAAGUUACUAACCACACUUUUUUGGUAAUAUGUUCUACUUUGCCUUUCACUAAAAACGACCACUUUACAUCAUUUGAUACUUUUCGUGUACU